GUGGAGGCUGUGAGUGUGGAGCCAUGUGUGAGCUGGAUGUGGAGAUGUAUCUUUACGGGCUUGAUGAUUCUGAAGUGGGUUCAGCUGACUCCUACACCAGCCGUCCAUCGGACUCUGACAUCUCUCUAGAGGAGGACAGGGAAGCGCUACGCAAGGAAGCUGAGCAACAGGCUUUGGCACAACUUGAGAAGGCAAAGACCAAGCCUGUUGCAUUUGCCGUUCGGACAAAUGUUGGCUACAAUCCCACCCAGAACGAUGAAGUCCCUGUGCAAGGCAUGGCCAUUUCCUUCGAGUCCAAAGACUUUCUACACAUCAAAGAAAAAUACAACAACGACUGGUGGAUAGGGCGACUGGUGAAAGAAGGAUGUGAGGUCGGAUUCAUUCCAAGCCCAGUAAAGUUAGAGAAUAUCAGACUGCAACAGGAGCAGAAGAUGAGACAAGGACGACUUUCAAGCAAAUCUGGUGGAAACUCCAGUUCUAGUUUAGGAGAUGUUCCAGGAACUAGGAGACCCACACCUCCUGCAACUGGAUAUGCGGACUUGUCUAAUUUAGCUUUUGAUGUAGAUGCCAUUGACUUAGAUGCAGAAGAGAGCGAUUCCCAAACCAACCAUCGGUCCCCUAAAACAAGCGUUAGCAGUGUAACGACUCCCCCGUCCAACGCCAAACGAAUCCCAUUUUUUAAGAAGCAAGAGAAUGUGCCUCCCUAUGAUGUUGUGCCAUCCAUGAGACCAAUCAUCCUAGUGGGUCCGUCUUUGAAAGGCUACGAGGUGACGGAUAUGAUGCAGAAAGCUCUUUUUGAUUUUUUGAAACACAAGUUUGAUGGAAGAAUAUCAAUCACACGAGUUACUGCUGACAUUUCACUUGCCAAACGAUCAGUGCUGAACAACCCCAGCAAACACACAAUUAUCGAGCGCUCCAGCACACGCUCCAGCCUGGCUGAAGUACAGAGUGAGAUUGAACGUAUUUUUGAACUGGCUAGGACAUUACAGUUGGUGGCUCUUGAUGCAGAUACCAUUAAUCAUCCUGCUCAACUUGCCAAGACCUCUCUGGCCCCAAUUAUAGUCUACAUAAAGAUCGCUUCACCCAAGGUUUUACAACGUCUGAUAAAGUCACGAGGGAAGUCCCAAGCCAAACACCUGAAUGUACAGAUGGUGGCAUCAGAUAAACUGGCCCAGUGUCCCCCGGAACUGUUUGACAUCAUUUUGGACGAGAAUCAAUUGGAAGAUGCGUGUGAGCAUCUCGCUGAGUACCUCGAAGCCUAUUGGAAGGCCACCCACCCAGCCAGCUGCAAUCCCCCCAAUCCUCUUUUGAACCGCACCAUGGCAACGGCUGCCCUAGCUGCCAGUCCAGCACCAGUGUCCAACUUACAGGGUCCCUACUUAGUGCAUGGAGAGCAAAGCAUUGAGUGCUCGGCUCCUGACUUGCAUGAUUAUCGGAAUGACUCUACCAAACAGUCCUACCAUCGCUUGUCAUCCUCCACGUCUCAGUACAGCCACCACCCGCGGGCCAUGUCCCGGGGUCUCUCCCGCCAGGACACCUUUGACUUGGGGACUCAGGGCAGCCGGGACUCGGCUUACACCGAGCCGGGGGACUCCUGCGUGGAAAUGGACCCUUACGACGACCCGGAGCUCCCAGAGGAGCCUCGGAGCACCGGCGCUCGCUGGUGUAGCAUCUCAAGGCAACAGGUCCGGAGGCAGGAGUCCUGGGAGGAAGAAGAGGAGGAGGAAGAGGAGGAGGAGGAGAGGGACAACCUGAACAGGCAGCAGAGGAACCGGCUCAAAGCUCGAGAGCGCUACAGGCAGAACAGUGAGGAGGUUAUGUCCAGGAAACAGAGCGACAUUGAGGAGUGGAACCGUGACGUGUACAUUUGCUAAAUUGUCCCCUUUUCUAACCCCCCCACCCCCAACCUUCGGAGAGUUUUAUCCUGCUGCCCGUCAAUCCAGGGAAGACGAAGAAUUUGGAGCAUUCCUCCUUCCCAAUCCCUCUCAUUCAUCAUCACCUCCCUCCUGUUGAUUGAUUUGAACAUUUUGCAAAGGAGAGGGGUUUUGAAAUCAAUGCCACGUUUCCCCCUCCCUGUUUAUUUAUAGUGCCUCAGUACUGGGUCUGCAAAGGGGUAUCUGAACCAGAGAUGGUGCAUUGUUAACCCUUCAAAGGACUAACGCAGUCGAUGAACAUGCUUGAGUAUGUACUUUGCAUUACUGUACACCUCUACUUUGUUUUUUUUUGCAACAAAGUCACCUGCCAGUGGAUCGGUGGUAACCUGAUUUCGAUUGCUAAAACGGGACAAGUCCAUCAAAAGGCCAAAGCCAAGAAUCGCAUUUGUCUGACUGGAGGUUUUGUAGGUCUGUUUCUUUUCUGUAGAUCAAGGUGAUAAUGUUGCUGGGUGUGAAAUGUGUAAAUGCCUAUUAUAAACACGCAUGGUAGCAUGAAGUUAAAAGAUUGGAACCUUUUAAAAGUGGCUCACACAUGGACCACUACCCUCAGAGAAUGUUUCCCUUUGUUCACUCAUCUUUGUUUACAUGAAUUUCCAGAUCAAGGAUGAUCUCAGAGGAGAAGAGGUGAGAGAUGUUGUCUUGUCUUCUACAAUGCUCUCUAUUAACUCCACUCCCUUUAUCAUUAGUGGGUGAUUAGUAAUAUCUAUUUAUUAAAGCCCCCUUUCACAAUGGAAAACUCUUCCCUCCCUCUCGUCUCUCCCAAUCAAUUCCGAUAAGGAGGAGGUGGGUGAAGGAUUAACUAAACACGUUAAAUUGGUACUUGUUAUAGAUAUUUUUAACCGACCUGUUCAGACAUGCUACUACAAACCUCUGGAGCAGGUUGGACCUGAAUCAGCACCUUCUGGUCCAGAGGUUGGGAACACUAUCACUGUGCUACAAGAGCCCCAACUUGUUACACUGUUGUGAAAGGGAGUAUCAUGCGGAAUCUAUUCCUUCCUCCACAACAGUGCAGACUGUUUUGUUCAUUUAAGCAUUGACUGUACUGAUUAGGAAUGCUGCUGGAUUCUCCAUUCAGACCGCGUGUACACACUGCUGUGUCUGCCUGACCAUGUUGGUCGGCCAACUGUUUACAAUCAAGAGCUUGAGUUUGCAAAAGACACGGGCCCUCUUGCUAUGUUGGGGGAAGGGGGGUCGAAACUAAAACUGGGAUUAUUAUUGUUUCGCUGCGGCCAAAAGACCCUCACUGGGAUUGAGAGAGGGCUAGUGACUCAAUUUGAAGGGGCUGGCCAUGUCACUGUCCUUUCAUUACGGCUAGCAUUGACCAUUCGGAAAAGAUGGGCUAUCAGCCUUCGUUAG